AUGCAUCGAAUAUGUCAAUUGACCAAGAAAACAUCCGCCUCCUCCAUUGCAUUUGAUCUCAUCAUUGCAUCUAUCAGGCAACAAGUACGAAACACCAGUACUCAUUCACCAAAUCAUCACCAUCACCUGAAGAUCUCCGAUGCGUUUCGACUAACGAUGUCACGAUUAGCAUCACCAGCAAUGGUAUUAACAUCCGCGAUACCCAUGAACAAGAGCAACACCAGCACCAGCAACACCGUUGCAUCUUCAUCACAUGACAUAGAUCCCAAACAAGACCUUCACGGAAUGACUCUAAGUUCCGUAUGUUCACUUUCUGUCUACCCAAAACCAUACCUCGAGUUCAAUUUACAUUUGCCUUCAUAUACAUCUACAGCACUACAUAAACAUCAAUACCUUGCAAUACAUCUUAUGCCACCAACGCAUCAUAGUGCAAAAAUAUGUCGUGUUUUCGCCAAGGGUGUCAAAUUGAAUAAACGGGGGACUAAAUGGACUAGUAAUCCAAAGACGAGCGCAUCACCAAAGGAGAAAGGUGACAAUAAUGAACAAGGUACUGGAAUGGAAGACGAUGAUGGUGAGAUAUUCCAUGAAAUGACAACUCCAUUCACCAACUUGGCUGAAGGUAGAGAUUACACAUUUAUCAAAAGACACCAAGAAGGUAUAGCCAUCCCCGUCUUGGCUCAUGCUGAACUGAUUUUUAUAUGUAAAACUACACAUAAUUUCACAAUUGAUGAUCAUGAAAUUUGGGUUGUUCAAGUAGUUGAUAUCUUGACUGAUUCCAAAUUGAACAAAAGUGGUGGGUUAUUAUAUUUCAAUAAGGGGUUUCAUAAAAUUGGUGAAUCAUUAUCUGAAGAGUAA